GGUAACGUCGAGCACGACACCGAGAUGAUAUAGAAGUCCUAAGGACCCUUGAGAGGCCUUGAUAAAAACAUCUAUAUAUACAACAUCUGUACGGAUUCUAAGUUUGUGCUCACAUAUCCAAAUUAGUGAAUUAUUGGUAACAUCAAGCAAAACGUAACUAUAUUAUAUACGUUCUCUUUUUAUAAAUAACUUUUCGAAACAUUAUAAAUUCCAUUGAUAUAUAAUUGUCAACGUAUAAUUCGACGAAAUAAUGGAUUUGCUGGAAUCUAUCAUGAAUUCUAUGGAUAAACCGCCUACAGCCAGUGAUAAACAAAAAGCAUUGAUGAAAAAACAGAAAGAAGAAUAUCAGAAGCGGCAAAAUGCAGAAGUGGUAAAGUUAAAAAUUUUUCGAGACAAGGUGGAAACAAAAAUUAAUAAGUUUCUUCAAGAUGAUGAUAUUAAAGAAUACAAGUUCCCACCUAUGCAUCAAAUUUAUAGAAGUAUAAUACACGAUGUUGCUGAAGUAGCAAAUGUAUGGGCAUAUUCUUUUGGCGAAGAGGAUAUCGAUCGACAUAUAAUGAUUUUCAAAAGAGAACACGCUCCAUCUGAAGAUCAAUUAAAUGCAUUACGAAGAGGAGAGGAAUGGAAUGAGGAAGUAGCUAAAAGAAUUACAGAAGAAAAAGAAAGACGAGCCAAAGAAGAAAUAGAAGCUGCGAAAACUAAGAAACGAAAAGACAACUUUGUACCAAAUAGUUUUUAUAAGGAUAAGUAUCAACAUUUAAUUGGGAAAGAAGCUGCUUUGGAAGCAGCUAAGAAAACAGAAGCUAAUAGUAGUUAUGGCUGUGUUCCAAGCGAAAAUAAGAAAGAUCAACGAAGCAUAGAGCAGACAUUAGCAGAUAUUCGUGCAAAGAAAAGAAAAUUAGAAGAAAGUGGUAACACGGUCACAACAAAUUUAGAAAAUAAAGACAAAAAAUAAAAUAGUUCAACAUUAUAAUACUUAAUGUAUAUCAAUAUACCUGUUUAAAAAUUUUAAAUUCUAUAUGUUAAGCAUGAGAUAACUCAGUAUGAUGCAAUGUGCGUUUACAUUUAGCUGUUCAUUCAGUCAUUUUGACAUAUGUAACACAGAUUUCAUUCAUUUAAUGUUAGUAUUAUUCAUGUACCUGUGAUAGGUUUCAAAAAUAAGUUGUUUUUCAAUUUAAUGUAUGUAUUUACUUAAAGAUAAAACAAAUUAAUUUAUAUAUU